AUGUGAAGAACUGCGGGCAGCCAUGGAUUCAAAGAAGCAACCCCUGCUGCCGCGCCACCAAGGUGCAGGAGAUGCUCCUUGGCCAGAUGGACAAGGACAGGUUGACAGCCUUCGGCCGCAUAUGCAGCUUGAGGAUGGAGGGAGCUCUCCCAUCAAGUCACAUGCGCAAGAACGGCAUGAUGCAGCUUUGGCCGGGAUCGAGCAGCGAGUCAAAGAUCUCAGUCUUCAAAUGAAUAUCUUCGCAAUCAUCUCCUUCACAGUCGCUGGAUGCCUCCUAUGGGCCUGGUACUACGACCAGCUCCCACCGGACCAACAACGGCAGGCACAUCAUUUGGCAUUGCAAGUCUCCAUUCCUGUGGUGGCAUUGUUCUUCACAUGGUUUCAUAUCUGGCUUGCUAUCCAAAUGAUGUUUCUUCCCCUGAAGUUCCUGGGCAUUUGGCAGUACAAAGACACUGGCAUGGGGGUUGGUUGGCAAGGAGUGGUGCCCAGGAAAUGCACCAAGAUGGCUCGCACGGCCUUCAAGUGCGCGAGGCCAUAUCUCUUGGGUCCAAGAGACUGGUUCAAGCGUGUGGACACCAGUGUUCUAUUCUCGAAGAUGCAUCCCAUGCUGGAGCGUGUUGUUAGGGCAACCAUCAACAGCGUCUCCCGCCGGCACUUUCCUUCAAUCUUGGUGAACAGCCGCUUGCCCAGCAAUGUGGAGGAGGAGUUGGUGACCUUGGCGAUGGAGCAAGUGGAGGAGACCUUUCCAGAGAUGUGGCAAAAGAUUGUGGAUCUCCUCUGCGACUCGGAACGAGGUCUAGACAAUGAUGGCAUGAUCGUGAGUGUCUUUACCCAGAACAAGGAGCUUCUGAACCUCUUCUUCCUGUCACUGGGAGAGAAGGAGUUCCGCUUUAUUGAGCGUUGUGGCGCAGCAUUGGGAUUUGUUUGUGGCCUGAUUCAGCUCUUGGCCUUCAACCAUCUGGAUGAUACAGGUCGAAUGAUCCUGCUGCCCGGCACUGGCUUCUUCCUGGGAAUUUUCACCAAUUGGCUUGCCAUCCAGAUGUGCUUCAAACCUUGUUUUCCUCGUCAUCUCCGUGUUUGCGGGAAGUUGAUCUACACAGUCCAGGGUCUGUUUCUGAAGAGACAGAGGGACGUGGCAGUUCUCUAUUCCAAGAUGCUGGUGGAUCACUUCUUUGACUUUGACAAGGUAGUGGAGUACCUGCAGACACUGCCGGUCUGGGCGGACUUGCGGGACGCUUACUGCCAAAACACCAACAAGAUGAUGAGAAAGACCAUGGGUCCUGUUACUGGAUGGUUAGCUCGGCGUGUGGCUCUGGGCCCGGAGAAGUUCAAAGCUUUGGAGGAUGAUUUGGUUGGAGCAUCAGCUGAGCGCAUUGCUGAAUCAGAAGAUCUCCAUGAAGCGGCAGCGCAGUACAUCAGCGUGGCCACAGAUGUGUUCAGGUCCAAUGCUUACGCGAUGCAAAGAAUGCCUCCUGAUGAGUUUGAGAACUUGCUACAUCCAGUCUUUCAAGAAGACGAGUGGAUUCUGAUUCUUCUUGGAGGUGUCCUUGGAGCCAUCGUCGGAAUUGCACAAGUCCACUUUCUCUCACAGUGACGUAGACGUACCGCUUUAUGCCAACAAUGCCCGCGGCAAAAUGGGCGCGAUCUUUCACUGUGUCACGGAAAGGUGCAAAA